GCUCCAAUCAGUCGGCCGCUUGCUUUCAGCCAGUGCAGAGGUUGUCGCGUGUUUGCCAUCCGCUUUUAAGAUAUUAAAACGUGUGUGCGACGAAAUUAUUGAAAAACGCCGACGCUCGUACACCUCGACAACGACAUUGAUGGCUUACAAUCUGGGUACCUAUUAAACGGGGGCUCAGUGUGCGGGCGUGUCGCGCAACUUGAAUAUAUAUCCAUGUAUAUGUAUAUAUCAAUAUAUAUAAAACCCGUUCAGUUUUAGUUUUUUUGCGUGGUAAUAACUAAAACUCCGGCGCCAGGUCACAUUCGUUAUCAGAUAAUCACACGAGAGAAGCUAAACAGUCAGAAAAAGCGAUUUCUGUUGAAAUUAUGUAAUUGACUAUGAAAAGCAAAAACUAUAAGCAAUAGCAAUCAAAACAAAGCUUGUGCGUGAUAAACAAAAAUCAAAGAAAAUAAAAUAAUAUUUAAAUAAUUAAAAUAAAAACAAAGAAAAGCCGGAGUAUGCAGAAUUCACCUUCUUCUUGUGCCUGGUACUUGCCUUGGAGCUUGGCUGCUCAGCAGCAUCAUCACAAGCUGUUGGCCAUGCAGACGCCCUUUGCGGAUAAGGUGCCGCCAGGUGCACUAUACGCUGCACAGCCGCAAAUGCAUCAGCAGCAGCAGCAGCAACAACAACAACAGCAACAGCAGCAGCAACAGCAGCAGCAUCUGCUUCAGCAACAGCCGCAACAGCAUUCACCUAACACUGCAGCAGCACCGCCUACAAACUAUCAGCAACCAGCGCUGCAUCCAAGCGCUGGCACCCAUUUUCCCUUGGCGCCUGGCUAUAAUUUCAAUCAGCCGCUGCUGAAUACUGGCCAGACGAGCAGCUAUGCAGGACAGGCUCAUCCGUCGCACAGUCACUCGCAGACGCAUCUGCUGCAGUCCUCGAUGUUUUCGCCACUUUCGCUGAGCGCCUACUAUUCGGCCGCAGCAGCAGCGGCGGCUGCUGCAGGAGCUAAUCAUGCGAAUGCUGUUGCCGCGUUUGGUGGCGUUCCCUUGUCCGCGCAGCAGGCUCUGUUGGCUGCUGCCUCUGUAGCUGGCUCAGCGGGUAUGCCGCAAUCGCCGCCGGUCCAAGUGCCGGUGCAAAUGCCCGUACAAGUGCCCGUAUCGGUGCCACGUCCAGCACCGCCGCCCGCGUGUGCUUUGGUGCAGCCAUUGAAUUGCAUGCCUCAGGAUCUGCAGCAUCUCUCUUCCAUUAAUCUAAACCUGGGCAACGUGAUGGCCCUGCGAAAUCAUGGAGCUGCCGCCACCGCCGGGCUCACAUCCAUCAAAGCACUACCAAAUCCAGCUUCUCUAACUAUUAACAGAAAGCUGACAAACGUUAGCGAACUGGAAAAACAAAAGGUAAAAAUACCUGAGAAGCGAAAAACAGAGGACACGGAACAAAUUAAAGAUUUGAAAAAGGCAAAGCUGGAGACAAAGGCUUUGAAGGCUAAACGACCUGGAUUUACUGAUGAAAGAUAUCAGGAGACCUCCUACUAUAUAGAAAAUGGUCUGCGAAAAGUGUAUCCGUAUUACUUCACUUUCACUACCUUUACGAAGGGCCGUUGGGUGGGCGAAAAGAUACUCGAUAUAUUUUCCAAGGAGUUUCGUGCACAUCCAGCUGAGGAAUAUGAGCGCUGCAUACAGACCGGCACACUGACCGUUAAUUUCGAGAAGGUGCCCAUUGACUAUCGGCUGAAACACAAUGAUCUAUUGGCUAACAUCGUGCACAGACACGAAGUACCCGUCACUUGCCAACCAAUCACAAUAGUGCAUAUGGAUGAGGACAUUGUGGUUGUUAAUAAGCCAGCCUCUAUACCAGUGCAUCCAUGUGGUCGAUACAGGCAUAAUACUGUAGUCUUUAUACUUGCCAAGGAAUUCAAUCUGAAGAAUCUACGCACAAUUCAUCGCCUUGAUCGGCUUACAUCCGGUCUCUUGUUGUUCGGACGUAGUCCGAAGAAGGCGCGCCAAAUGGAGCAGCAGAUUCGCAAUAGACAAGUGGAGAAGGAAUACAUCUGUCGAGUUGAAGGCGUUUUCCCAGAUGGUGUCGUGGAAUGCAAAGAGCCCAUUGAGGUGGUCAGCUAUAAGAUAGGCGUAUGUAAGGUAUCUCAGAAGGGCAAAGAUUGCACCACAACUUUCCAGAAGCUCUCACAGAAUGGAAAAACCAGUGUGGUGCUCUGCAAGCCACUCACGGGGCGAAUGCAUCAAAUACGUGUUCACCUGCAAUAUUUAGGCUUUCCUAUACUUAAUGAUCCCCUGUAUAACCACGAGGUGUUUGGGCCUCUCAAAGGACGCGCUGGCGACAUUGGCGGCAAGACGGACGAUGAACUUAUACGGGAUCUCAUUAAUAUUCAUAACGCUGAAAAUUGGUUGGGCAUAGACUGUGACUCGGACAUAUCAUUGUUUAAGAAUACUAAAGAUGAAACUGAUCUGGAAAGCCUGAGCAGUGAUCAAACGUUUGCCGUGCACCACAGCGAUGAUGACGUGGGUGCAAACUCAAGGGAGACAACGCCCCCAUGCUUGGAGAACCAACAAAGCACAGAAGCCAUCAAACAGCUGCACUCUACAAAUAGCAGUCCAGUGUUCGCGGCCAAAGCUGAUGUAACAGCCGAGCUGCCAAUCCCGAAUGGAGCAUCCGCGGAUCUGGCCUUGGCGUCCGAUAAAGUAGUCAUUGAUAAGCAUUGCUAUGAGUGUAAGGUGCACUAUAGAGACCCCAAGCCUAAGGAUCUGGUCAUGUACUUGCAUGCCUGGAAGUACAAGGGUCCUGGAUGGGAGUACGAAACUGAGCUGCCGAGCUGGGCGCUGACCGAAUGGGAUGAUGGCGACUUAAACUCUGACAAAGCUGUAAAUUAAAAUAAUACUUUAAAUCGAUUGUAUUCGUAGCUCUAUUUAUAAUAUGCCUUAGUUAUCAAGUAUCGCAGAUCAAAUCAAACGAAACGAUGAACCAAAACAAAACAGUGCAAUAAACAAUGACCAAUCUUUGAUAAACCAAA